CAAGUGCUGCAAGAUGAAAACGCAUAUAGAAGUUUGAAAUUUAAAAAACUGGACAGAAAAGCUACAUUUAAACACUAUAGCUCAUUUACUGUGGGAAUUAGAUAUGGAUCUUGUUAUCUGAUAUUCUGAAAAGCUUCUUUUACCUUGAGAAAACCGAAGUCAUGUUUCGGGGGCAGAACACAGCCCAGCACUGCUCAGCAGGAUCAGCCAGGUGAAUACUUUUCUGCCUUCCCCUUGUGCUUUUGGCUGAAGUUUCAGUGAAGAAGAUGUCUUCCUCGUUGUGCCAAAUCUCCAGAGUCUCCACAUCGCUGCCUGGUUUUCUCACAUUCUUCAUUACUUUUCAUACUUGCAAAGUGGAAUCAGUUGUUGGAACUGAUCAGCCAAUCACUGUCAUUGUGGGGGAAGAGAUCGUAUUGCCAUGCCGCCUGUCCCCCAACAUGAGCGCUGAGAACAUGUAUGUGAGGUGGUUCCGACCUGGGUCUACAAAUUAUGUUCAUCUGUACCGUGAUGGGAGAGAUCAGUUUGGACAACAGAUGCCAGAAUACGAGAGAAGGACAGCGUUUUGGAAAGACGGCAUCACAGAUGGAAAUGUUUCCUUGAGGAUUCUCAAUAUUGGGCCUUCAGAUGAAGGGCUAUACAUCUGCCUUGUUGAAGAUGAUAUUACUUAUAAAGAAGCUGUAAUAGAACUGAAGGUAGCAGCUUUAGGCUCUAAUCCUAUCAUCUCUGUGGAGGAUUACCACAAGGGAGGGAUCCGUGUGACGUGUCGAUCUGCUGAAUGGUACCCAGAGCCCCAGGUGCUGUGGAGAAAUUCCCAGGGGCAUCAUAUACCAUUGCUUUCUGAAAUUAAGUCCCCAAAGGUGAAUGGUCUGUUUGAAACAGAAAUUUCUGUUGUCAUAAACGGACAUUCAAACCCGAACUUGUCCUGUUGGAUCAGGAACAGCCUCCUCGACAAGGAGAAGGAAUCAGCAAUUCAUAUAUCAGCUGUCUUUUUUCCCAGGGUGAAUCCCUGGAUGGUGGCGCUGAGCGUGAUCCUCGUGGUUGUGUUAAGUUUCACAAUCCUGAAUGUAUAUCUCUUCAAAAUAAAAGGUAAAUACAGGGGGAGAUACAUAGUAUAGUUAGUGAAUAAUUUUAUUUGAAUAAAUCAAAGAGUGUAUGAAUAAGAUUAUACUGCAGCCAACCAAAGGGAGGCAGGUAGGCACUGUGCCACACACCAAACCUCCAGCACAGCGAUGUGCAGUUGGCAGGGGGUGUUGCUUGUCUGCUGGUUGCGGGGAAUCAGGAGCUAAAAAAACCCUACUCCCCACAGCCCCCAGUGGACACAUACCC